CUUCAAUCUUACUCGUCGUCUCAACCCCCCAUACGGAUGGAAGGGGCUGGUGCGCGGGCCCAAAUAUACUCCGUCGCUUUUGACCAGUCCGGCUUACCAGGUGACGUCCUAACAAAUUCGCGAGUCUGCCUCAAACUUGUGACCGUAUUUUUUGGUGAGACUCUGGAGCACAACGUCAGAGUCUUGAGAAAGAUACUGAGAGGGGUCAAACUUUGGAGUUCCCUGAAACACCCAAAUAUCAACCCCUGUUAUGGAUGGACCUUUGAAUUUCCUCGAAACGAACCACAUUUCGGCAUUGUUUCCCAAUUUUGCCCCCAUUACAAUGCACCCAGAUACCUCCUCAAGUACCCUGAAGCAAACCGCGAAAAAAUGGUCUGUGAGGUGGCUCGGGGCUUGCGUUACCUUCAUGAUGACGCUGGUAUCGUUCACGGGGAUGUAAAGCCUCGCAACGUUCUCGUCAGCGAUGAGGGCGUAGCUAUGUUAAGUGACUUUGGACAAGCAGAAAUACUGGAUCUUGCGCCUAUAAAUCUGCGAGAUGCAGGAAGAUUUCUUACACUCGAAUAUUGGGCCCCUGAAGUGUUUCCUAAAGUGUUUCCCGCUACCGAUGGUGACAACAUUCUCUAUCGCUCUAUGCCCGGCGAUGUCUGGUCUUUUGGCUGUACCCUCUUGGAGAUCCUGUUUGGGGUAGCGCCUUACUCGGGAGUACACCGGCAUCACGUCAUCUGCGCCUUGAUAACGGGACAACCUCCCUUCAAGGAAGUCGAUACAACAACCAUUUUCGGGGAUGUUGCCCAGCGAUGCCUAACUUUUGACGCUGAUAAACGUCUUCCAAUGGCAGAAGCCGUCACUAUGUUGGACCCGCCCAAGGCAUCUGCACCACCCAUGACCUUGGCAUCUUUUGCAGGUUGAUGGAUUGGAUCGAACGAGCGUACUGGUGUGUUUUGUCAUGGUGAGCCGACGAACUACGAGCUCUGUUCGACCAUUUUGAUACCGGAUGUCUCAUAUAUUACACAAUCGAUUUGAGGUGGUAGAGUGCUUGCUGCGCUUCGCGCAGCUCUGCACAACACACUUUUUUUGGUGGAACCCC